AAUGAUAUACAGUUUGUAUAGUUUGAUAUUAGAUAAAAAAUGUCACCAGUUGCUGAAACAAACAAGUUGGAAGAGCACGUGUCAGAAAUUGACAAUAUUAAACGGCAUCAUGGAGAAAUUAUCUAUGAGACUAAUGGUUUUAUUAGUAAAAUUCAUAGGAAAGAUAAACAAUUGAACCGACGUACCGUUAAUACUUAUACUGGUAUGUGGAAAGAGGAUAAAAAAGAUUUUUCUAAUAAGGAAGAAACAACCAAAGUAAGACGCGAAAAUGCCCAAAAAAUGACAAACGCGUUCUAUGACAUUGUCACAGAUUUUUAUGAAUAUGGAUGGGGCGAAUCUUUUCAUUUUGCUCGUAUCUAUAAAGGUGAUACUUUUGAGCAAGCUAUUAAACGUCACGAACAAUAUUUAUCUUUAAAGUUAGGAAUGAAUGAUAAACAUAAAACUUUAGAUGUUGGUUGUGGCGUUGGUGGCCCACUCCGUGAAAUUGUCAGGUUAUCUGGCGCUCAUAUAACUGGA